AGCGGCAGCGGCAGCAGCAGCAGCAGCCGCCGCCGAAGAUGGCCGAGAACUUGCUGGACGGGCCGCCCAACCCCAAGCGAGCCAAGCUCAGCUCGCCCGGCUUCCCGGCCAGUGACAGCACAGAUUUUGGAUCAUUGUUUGACUUGGAAAAUGAUCUUCCCGAUGAGCUGAUCCCCAAUGGAGGAGAAUUAAGCCUUAUAAACAGUGCAAACCUUGUUCCAGAUGCUGCUUCCAAACAUAAACAACUGUCAGAGCUUCUGCGUGGAGGCAGUAGCUCAAGUAUCAACCCCGGAAUAGGAAAUGUGAGCGCCAGCAGCCCUGUGCAGCAAGGCCUGGGCGGCCAGGCACCAGGGCAACCAAACAGUGCGAACAUGGCAGGCCUGGGGGCCAUGGGCAAGAGUCCUCUGAACCAGGGAGAUGCUUCGGCCCCCAGCUUGCCCAAACAGGCAGCCAGCACGUCUGGGCCUACGCCCCCUGCUUCCCAAGCACUGAAUCCGCAAGCACAAAAGCAGGUGGGGCUGGUGACCAGCAGCCCCGCCACGUCACAGACGGGCCCUGGCAUCUGCAUGAACGCUAACUUUAACCAGGCCCACCCUGGCCUCCUCAACAGUAAUUCCGGCCAUAGUUUGAUGAACCAGGCCCCGCAAGGGCAGGCGCAAGUCAUGAAUGGAUCCCUUGGGGCUGCUGGCCGAGGGCGGGGGGCCAGCAUGCCAUAUCCGGCCCCAGCCAUGCAAGGGGCCACGGGCAGUGUCCUGGCUGAAACGCUGACGCAGGUGUCACCGCAGAUAGCUGGUCAUGGACUGAACACGGCGCAAGCGGGAGGUAUGACUAAGAUGGGGAUGACAGGAAACACAAGUCCCUUUGGACAGCCCUUCAGCCAGACUGGAGGACAGCAGAUGGGAGCUCCCGGAGUGAACCCUCAGCUACCCAACAAACAGAAUAUGGUCAAUAGUUUGCCUCCCUUCCCUACGGACAUAAAGAAUGCUUCAGUCACCAAUGUGCCAAACAUGUCUCAGAUGCAAACAGCAAUGGGAAUUGUACCCACACAAGCAAUUGCUACGGGCCCCACUGCAGACCCUGAAAAACGCAAACUGAUCCAGCAGCAGCUAGUCCUCCUGCUUCACGCUCACAAAUGUCAGAGGAGAGAACAAGCCAAUGGUGAGGUCCGAGCCUGCUCGCUGCCGCACUGCCGGACCAUGAAGAAUGUUCUGAAUCACAUGACGCACUGCCAGGCUGGGAAGGCCUGUCAAGUUGCCCAUUGUGCAUCUUCACGACAAAUCAUCUCUCAUUGGAAGAACUGCACACGACAGGACUGUCCUGUUUGCCUCCCUUUGAAAAAUGCCAGUGACAAGCGAAACCAACAAACCAUCCUGGGGUCUCCUGCAAGUGGGAUUCCAAGCACGAUUGGUUCUGUGGGUACAGGUCAGCAGAAUGCUACGUCAUUAAGCAAUCCGAAUCCCAUAGACCCCAGCUCCAUGCAGCGGGCCUAUGCUGCCCUCGGACUGCCCUACCUAAACCAGCCUCAGACGCAGCUGCAGCCUCAGGUUCCUGGCCAGCAACCAGCACAGCCUCCAGCUCACCAGCAGAUGAGGACUCUCAACCCCCUUGGAAACAAUCCAAUGAACAUUCCAACAGGAGGAAUAACAACGGAUCAGCAACCACCAAAUCUGAUUUCUGAAUCAGCUCUUCCAACAUCCCUUGGAGCUGCAAACCCCCUGAUGAAUGAUGGCUCCAACUCCGGAAACAUUGGGACCCUCAGCACCAUCCCUACUGCGGCCCCACCUUCCAGCACGGGUGUCCGGAAAAGCUGGCAUGAACAUGUCACUCAGGACCUGCGCAGCCACCUAGUGCACAAACUUGUCCAAGCCAUCUUCCCGACCCCUGAUCCUGCAGCCCUGAAGGAUCGCCGCAUGGAAAACCUGGUAGCUUAUGCCAAGAAGGUGGAAGGGGACAUGUAUGAGUCUGCCAAUAGCCGGGAUGAGUACUAUCACUUAUUAGCAGAGAAAAUCUACAAGAUACAAAAAGAACUCGAAGAGAAACGGAGAUCACGUUUACACAAGCAAGGCAUCUUAGGGAACCAGCCAGCCUUGGCGGCCCCGGGGGCUCAGCCCCCCGGGAUUCCACAGCCACAAGCUGGGAGGCCUCCAAAUGGGCCUAUGCCUCUGUCGGUGAACCGCAUGCAGGUUUCUCAAGGGAUGAAUUCAUUUAAUCCGAUGACCCUGGGAAACGUACAGUUGCCACAAGCACCCAUGGGACCGCGAGCAGCAUCUUCCAUGAACCACUCUGUGCAGAUGAACAGCAUGGGCUCUGUGCCCGGGAUGGCCAUUUCUCCUUCCCGAAUGCCCCAGCCUCCGAACAUGAUGGGGCCACAUGCCAACAACAUGAUGGCCCAGGCACCUGCUCAAAACCAGUUUCUGCCACAGAACCAGUUUUCGUCAUCCGGUGGGGCUAUGAGCGUCAACAGUGCUGGCCUGGGGCAGCCAGCAGCCCCGACGGGCGUGUCUCAGGGGCAGGUGCCUGGCGCUGCUCUCUCUACCCCUCUGAACAUGCUGGGUCCCCAGGCCAGCCAGCUCACGUGUCCACCAGUGACCCAGUCACCACUACACCAGACGCCGCCACCUGCUCCCACAGCCGCUGGCCUGCCUGCCCUCCAGCACCCAACAGCGCCCGGCAUGACUCCACCUCAGCCAGCGGCUCCCACCCAGCCUUCCACGCCUGUGUCAUCAUCUGGGCAGACGCCCACCCCAACUCCGGGCUCAGUGCCCAGUGCUAGCCAAACCCAGAGCACCCCUACGGUCCAGGCUGCGGCCCCGGCCCAGGUGACCCCACAGCCUCAGACCCCUGUGCAGCCCCCGUCUGUGGCCACUCCUCAGUCAUCACAGCAGCAGCCAACACCCGUCCACGCCCAGCCGCCUGGCACACCGCUUUCCCAGGCAGCUGCCAGCAUUGAAAACAGGGUCCCAACUCCAUCCUCAGUGGCCAGUGCUGAUACUAGCUCGCAGCAGCCAGGAUCUGAAGUUCCAAUGUUGGAGAUGAAGCCCGAGGUCAAGACAGAUGACACUGAGCCUGACGUCAGUGAGCCCCAGGGGGAACCUGGCUCUGAGGUGGCAGAGGAUGAUUUGCAAGGAUCUUCCCAAGUUAAAGAAGAAACAGACACAACCGAGCAGAAAUCGGAGCCAAUGGAAGUGGAUGAGAAAAAGCCGGAGGUGAAAACAGAAGCCAAGGAGGAGGAAGAGAGUGGCCCCAAUGGUGCAGCCUCUCAGUCCACAUCUCCCUCACAGCCCCGAAAGAAAAUCUUCAAACCAGAGGAGCUGCGCCAAGCCCUAAUGCCAACGCUCGAAGCAUUAUAUCGACAAGACCCAGAGUCCUUACCCUUUCGGCAACCUGUCGAUCCCCAGCUCCUAGGAAUCCCGGACUAUUUUGACAUUGUGAAGAAUCCCAUGGACCUCUCCACCAUUAAGCGGAAGUUGGACACAGGACAAUACCAAGAACCCUGGCAGUAUGUGGAUGACGUCUGGCUUAUGUUCAACAAUGCCUGGCUCUACAACCGGAAGACCUCACGGGUCUAUAAGUUCUGCAGUAAACUCGCAGAGGUCUUUGAGCAAGAAAUUGACCCUGUGAUGCAGUCCUUGGGAUACUGCUGUGGGCGAAAGUAUGAGUUCUCCCCACAGACGUUGUGCUGCUAUGGGAAGCAGCUAUGUACAAUUCCUCGGGAUGCCGCCUAUUACAGCUAUCAGAACAGGUAUCAUUUCUGUGAGAAGUGUUUCACAGAGAUCCAGGGGGAGAAUGUUACCCUGGGUGACGACCCAUCUCAGCCUCAGACGACAAUUUCAAAGGAUCAAUUUGAAAAGAAAAAGAAUGAUACUCUGGAUCCUGAACCUUUUGUUGAUUGCAAGGAAUGUGGCCGGAAGAUGCAUCAGAUUUGUGUCCUGCAUUACGAUAUCAUUUGGCCUUCAGGCUUCGUGUGUGACAACUGCUUAAAGAAAACUGGCAGAACGCGAAAAGAAAACAAAUUCAGCGCUAAGAGGCUGCAGACUACCCGGCUGGGGAAUCACUUGGAAGACCGAGUCAACAAGUUUUUGCGGCGACAGAAUCACCCCGACGCUGGGGAGGUCUUUGUCCGAGUGGUGGCCAGCUCCGACAAGACAGUGGAAGUUAAACCCGGCAUGAAGUCCCGAUUUGUGGAUUCUGGGGAGAUGUCCGAAUCUUUUCCAUACCGGACCAAAGCACUGUUUGCCUUCGAGGAGAUCGAUGGGGUGGAUGUGUGCUUCUUCGGGAUGCACGUUCAGGAGUACGGCUCUGACUGCCCACCCCCCAACACCAGGCGAGUGUACAUAUCUUAUCUGGACAGUAUUCAUUUCUUCCGGCCGCGCUGCCUCCGAACAGCUGUGUACCACGAGAUACUCAUUGGCUACUUGGAAUAUGUAAAAAAGUUAGGGUAUGUGACCGGGCACAUCUGGGCCUGUCCCCCUAGUGAGGGCGACGACUACAUCUUCCACUGCCACCCGCCCGAUCAGAAGAUCCCCAAGCCCAAGCGCCUGCAGGAGUGGUACAAGAAGAUGCUGGAUAAGGCGUUCGCUGAGCGCAUUAUCCACGACUACAAGGACAUUUUCAAACAAGCAACUGAGGACAGGCUGACAAGUGCCAAGGAGCUGCCAUAUUUCGAAGGGGACUUCUGGCCCAAUGUACUGGAAGAGAGCAUCAAGGAGCUGGAGCAGGAGGAGGAGGAAAGGAAGAAAGAAGAGAGCACUGCGGCUAGUGAGACCACAGAGGGCAGCCAGGGAGACAGCAAGAAUGCCAAGAAAAAGAACAACAAGAAGACAAACAAGAAUAAGAGCAGCAUUAGUCGUGCCAACAAGAAGAAGCCCAGCAUGCCCAACGUGGCCAACGACUUGUCACAGAAGCUCUAUGCCACCAUGGAGAAGCACAAAGAGGUCUUCUUUGUGAUCCACCUGCACGCGGGGCCCGUCAUCAACACUCUACCCCCCAUCGUUGACCCUGACCCCCUGCUUAGCUGCGACCUCAUGGACGGGCGCGACGCCUUCCUUACUCUGGCCAGAGACAAGCACUGGGAGUUCUCUUCCCUGCGCCGCUCCAAGUGGUCCACGCUGUGCAUGCUGGUGGAGUUGCACACACAGGGCCAGGACCGCUUCGUCUACACCUGCAACGAGUGCAAGCACCACGUAGAGACGCGCUGGCACUGCACCGUGUGUGAGGACUACGAUCUCUGUAUCAACUGCUACAACACCAAGAGCCACACGCACAAGAUGGUCAAGUGGGGGCUGGGCCUGGAUGAUGAAGGUAGCAGCCAGGGCGAGCCUCAGUCCAAGAGCCCGCAGGAGUCUCGGCGCCUGAGCAUCCAGCGCUGCAUUCAGUCACUGGUGCACGCCUGCCAGUGCCGCAACGCCAACUGCUCGCUACCAUCCUGCCAGAAGAUGAAGCGCGUGGUACAGCACACCAAGGGCUGCAAGCGCAAGACCAACGGCGGCUGCCCGGUGUGCAAGCAGCUCAUCGCCCUCUGCUGCUACCAUGCCAAACACUGCCAAGAGAACAAGUGCCCCGUGCCCUUCUGCCUCAACAUCAAACACAAGCUCCGCCAGCAGCAGAUCCAGCACCGCCUGCAGCAGGCCCAGCUCAUGCGCCGGCGAAUGGCCACCAUGAACACCCGCAGCGUGCCUCAGCAAAGUCUGCCUUCCCCUACCUCAGCACCACCCGGCACCCCCACACAGCAGCCCAGCACGCCCCAGACACCGCAGCCUCCUGCCCAGCCCCAACCCUCCCCUGUGAGCAUGUCCCCAGCCGGCUUCCCCAGCGUUGCCCGGACUCAGCCCCCCACCACGGUGUCAGCUGGGAAGCCCACCAACCAGGUGCCCGCCCCGCCACCGCCUGCCCAGCCCCCGCCCGCUGCUGUGGAGGCAGCCCGGCAGAUCGAGCGCGAGGCCCAGCAGCAGCAGCACCUGUACCGGGUGAACAUCAACAACGGCAUGCCUCCAGGGCGCCCGGGCAUGGUGGCCCCUGUGAGCCAGAUGGCGCCCGUGGGCCUGAGCGUGCCACGCCCCAGCCAGGUCAGUGGGCCCGUCAUGCCCAGCAUGCCCCCUGGCCAGUGGCAGCAAGCGCCCCUCCCCCAACAGCAGCCCAUGCCAGGCAUGCCCAGGCCAGUAAUGGCCAUGCAGACGCAGCCCUCUGUGACCGGGCCACGCAUGUCCAGUGUGCCGCCACCCAGGAGCAUCUCUCCGGGUGCCCUCCAGGACCUGCUACGGACCCUGAAGUCGCCCAGCUCUCCGCAGCAGCAGCAGCAGGUGCUCAACAUCCUCAAGUCCAACCCCCAGCUGAUGGCAGCUUUCAUCAAGCAGCGCACGGCCAAAUACGUGGCCAGCCAGCCCGGCCUGCAGGCCCAGCCCGGCCUCCAGCCACAGCCUGGGCUGCACCAACAGCCCGGCUUGCAGAACCUGAACAUGCAAGCUGGGGGCCCAAGGCCUGGUGUGCCUCCACAGCAGCAAGCCAUGGGUGGCCUGAACCCCCAGGGCCAGGCUCUGAACAUCAUGAACCCUGGGCACAAUCCUAGCAUGGCAAGUAUGAACCCACAAUACCGAGAGAUGCUGCGGCGCCAACUGCUCCAGCAGCAGCAGCAACAGCAACAGCAGCCGCCACCACCGCCACCGGGCAGCGCUGGCAUGGCGGGGGGCAUGGCCGGGCAUGGCCAGUUCCAGCAACCCCAAGGACCUGGAGGCUACCCCCAGGCCAUGCAGCCACAGCGGCUGCAGCAGCACCUCCCCAUGCAGGGUGGCGCCAUGGGGCAGAUGGCGGCUCAGAUGGGACAACUUGGCCAGAUGGGACAGCCUGGGCUGGGCGCUGACAGCGCGCCCAGCAUCCAGCAGGCUCUACAGCAGCGGAUUCUGCAGCAGCAGCAGAUGAAGCAGCAGAUUGGCUCUCCCGGCCAGCCCAACCCCAUGAGUCCCCAGCAGCACAUGCUCUCAGGACAGCCCCAGGCCUCGCACCUCCCCGGCCAGCAGAUGGCCACGUCCCUCAGCAGCCAGGUGCGGUCUCCGGCCCCUGUGCAGUCUCCACGGCCCCAGUCCCAACCUCCACAUUCCAGCCCGUCGCCACGGAUACAGCCCCAGCCUUCGCCACACCACGUCUCACCCCAGACUGGCUCCCCCCACCCAGGACUUGCGGUCACCAUGGCUAGCUCCAUAGAUCAGGGACACUUGGGGAACCCCGAACAGAGUGCAAUGCUCCCGCAGCUCAACACCCCCAACAGGAGUGCGCUGUCCAAUGAGCUGUCCCUGGUCGGCGACACCACCGGAGACACCCUGGAAAAGUUUGUGGAAGGUUUGUAGCAUUGAGAGCGCCAUGCUUCCCUCUGUCGCACCAGACCUUUUGUACCGCAGCCCAGGCGUCCAGGCGCAAUUCCCCCUCGACAGAACUGCUGCCAGCCGUGGAAGAGUAAAUCGCUGUUCAAAGAAACAAUACAGAGUAUAUUUUUUUGUUAAAAACCAGUUGAUUUAAAUAUCUGGUCUCGCUCUCUCUUUUUGGUUUUUGGGUUUUUUUUUCCCUUUUUCUUUUUGGGGAGGGGGCUUUGUUUAGAUCCCUUUCACCGUCAUUGGUGGUGACAUGCCUUUUUUAAUGGAAAAAACAUGUUCAUUAUAUUCAUAUUUUUUAUUUGUGCUUUCAAGACUUUAAACACUUAAGUUUAAAAGUGAGAAGAAAAAUAAUAUUCAGAAACUGGUAGCUGAAAUGAUGCGAGCUCAUAAUGUAUCCCGAUAACCUUGAAUCGUUGCGGGAAGAUUCUUUUCUAUAGCAAACUCCGUGGGCGUUCUCCAAGUUCUCCAAGUAUUACCCGGACAUGCAGCGGCCUCUCCGUACAUGCACCACACACACGUCUGUCUAUACAUACUGGCUGAAGCCAAACUCUUGUCUUGCAGAUGUAGAAAUUGUUGCUUUGUUUUUCUGAUAAAACUGGUUCUAGGCAAAAAAAUAGGGCUGAUCACAUUCUUAAGACCAUGCUCAUGUUAAUAGAGAAAAAGACGGUCUUUGUUUCUCCAUGUGAAACUUGAAGCGAGGGAAAGCUAUUCCAGUGUAAAUCAUGCAAGCGCUAUGAUUCCUUUGAAGAAGAUUCCAAGGCGAUUCAAUCACUGUAUAGAAUGGUAAAGUACCAACUCAUUUCUUAUAUCAUAUUGUUAAAUAAACUGUGUGAA